GCUGCCCCAUAAGAGAGACCUCUCACUGGGAUUCGCACUUGGCUUCAGACAAAGCAGCUGGGAACCUUCAUCAAGGACCUGCUUGCUGGAGCUGCCUGCCAUCGGAAGGCCUCACUCCCAGGACUGAGCUCACCAAGAGGAAGACCAAGCAGAAAGCGCCAUGUUUCGAUUUGGGACGCUGAAAACCCUCUUGCCUCAGGCAUUUCCACUCCUUGUGAGAAACACCAGCAGUGAGACCAACGGUAGGCCUAAACUGGCCAACAAAGUCGCUGUGGUCACAGGAUCCACCUCUGGGAUUGGCUUCGCCAUCUCACGGCGUCUGGCGCAGGACGGGGCCCAUGUGGUCAUCAGCAGCCGGAAGCAGCAGAACGUGGACCGUGCAGUGGCCACACUGAGGGGGGAGGGGCUGAGUGUGACUGGAACCGUGUGCCACGUGGGGAAGGCCGAGGAUCGGGACCGGCUGGUGGCCAAGGCACUGAAACACUGUGGAGGCGUGGACUUCCUGGUGUGCACAGCAGGCGUCAACCCCUUGGUGGGGAGUACUCUGGGGACCAGCGAGCAGAUCUGGGACAAGAUCAUGGACAUCAAUGUGAAGUCCCCUGCCCUCCUUCUGAGCCAGCUACUGCCCCACAUGGAGAAGAGAGGACAAGGUUCAGUGAUCAUGGUGUCCUCGGUUGCAGCCUAUCUCCCAAUUGCUAAGCUGGGAGUUUACAACGUCAGUAAAACAGCCCUGGUGGCCCUCACCAAGACUCUGGCAAUAGAACUAGCACCAAAGAACAUCCGGGUGAACGGCCUCCUACCAGGACUCAUAGAAACAGAGUUUAGCAAAGUGCUCUCUGAAGACAGAGAUUUUGUGGGACAUCUCAACAAAUUUUACAAAAUGCAGAGAUUGGGACAGCCUGAGGAUUGUGCUGGGCUUGUGUCCUUCCUGUGCUCCUCAGAUGCCAGCUACAUCACUGGUGAGAACAUCGUGGUGGCCGGCUUCUCCCCCCAGAUCUGAGGGGCCUCUCCAUGCAGGAGCCCCAUGUGCCUGUGCUCCGAGUGUGUACAUUUAAAUUGAAAUCUUCACUGACAGAAAUAAUAAAGAACAUCAGAAAAGCA